AUGGGUAUAUCAUGGUCCUGCUCCGAGCAGAAUGCCAUUUUGCCCAGAAUGGGAACUGGUGCUUAUCGUGUUGGCUGCUCUGACUUAAUGAUAAAAGAUUCCAAGGAUGGCGACUCUGGUGUUUUCAUGAGAAUUUAUUACCCUAAUGAGAAAGAACAACCUGAACCGCAAGCUCAUCCUCUGUGGCUACCAAGGAAAGAGUAUCUUGAAGGCUUAGCCGGUUACUUGAAGCAAUCUUCUCGAAGACUUCAAUUCUUUUCUAAUUGGAUAGUUGGAGAGAAACGAAGUUCUGCUGGUUGGCAUUUGCCUCUUGCUGGUACAAACAAAUCUAUACCAAUAUCCACAUCCAUGCCUACAAUAUCUAGCAAAACUCAUAAGAUCCCAUCUUCACGAUCUUUUUCUGUAACGCAGCCUAACUUCCCAGUUGUUGUUUUCUCUCAUGGUUUAGCUGGAUGCAGACAUUUUUAUUCAACUUACUGUUCCUCCUUAGCUUCUUAUGGUUAUGUUGUUGCUGCUAUUGAGCACAGGGAUUACUCUGCUUGUUGGACUUACAAGCUAAUUCCGGAUGUAUUAUCUGGUAGGGCUAAAGAGAGGGCAGUCCACAUGAAGCUACUGGAAAGUGGGGAUAAAGAGUUCAAAAUCAGGAGUCAACAAUUGAGUAAACGAGUGUCUGAAUGUGUGAAAACAUUACAUGUGCUGGAAGAGCUUUGUAUGGGGACCUUGGAUAAUCAGAGUAUCAUGGAAGGAAAUGAUUUUGACUGGACUCAGUUCAAAAAUCGGUUGAGUUUAUCCAAAACUGCUAUAGCGGGGCACAGUUUCGGUGGAGCAACUGCUAUGGCUGCAACAGCAUUUUCAACAGAGUUUCAAGCUAGUCUUGUUCUUGACGGUUGGAUGUUUCCUCUAGAUGCUGAUCACUACGUGCGAGCAGGACAACCAACAUUGUUUUUAAAUGCUAAGAAAUGGCAAUGGAAAGAGAAUCUGAAAAAUAUGCGGAGAUUUGGCAACGAGUCAGAGCGUCUCAUGUACAGUUUCAGUGAUGCCGUUCAUCAGACGUUUUCUGAUUUUCCCUAUCUAGUUUCUAAUUUUGUCGGCAAACGAGUGGGACUACAGGGUGAAGUUCCAGCAGACGAGUUGAUGGAAGCCAUAAUUGAGAUGUCUGUGGUGUUUCUCAGAAAGUUCGUUUAUUCUGCAGACCAAACGGCUGUAAUGUUUCACUUCAGAAUUCAUGAAGGAGAAUUGGCUGGUCCAACACUACAUCAGCUAUCUACAAUGAAAUUUGCUAAUAUCAUGGAAUCAGGAACUGGAACUGAUAUGGAUUCAGAGACAUGA